CACUCCUCUGCUGUCUCUCUCCUAGCCACCUCACUUAGUGGGAGAUACAGAUACUGGAUGGAUACAACUAAUACACAACAAAAUCACAGAGAACACUGGUUAACUCUAUUACAACAACUCAGGGUCACAGAUAGGAAGAAAUAUGAUAUAUGUCAGAGAAUAUCUUAAAAUAUUCAUAUUCUUGCCUGUGGAGAAGUAGUCAAAUGUAUACACACGCAGAUGAUAAGGGUUAAAAUCCAUAUAAUUUCACGUGAAAUCUCAUAAGCAUCAAUGCAUGACAAGGAAUGGUUAAUUUGGAUUUGUCAUCAACAUAGAAAUAAUUUCAUAUAUUACUUGAUAUUUAGCCCAGCCUUUAAAAAUACAUUCUUGAAAUAAAAUCGUGCAAUCAUGAAGGUCAAAUAUACUUCUUCAUAUACUUUCUUAAAUAAAACUAUUUAAUGUUUCUUAAUAUCAGGAGGAGGUAAAUUUCCUAAUUUACUAAUUAAGCUUACCUAUAAAUAAUGACAAGAUUCCAAAAAAUAUGAACAAAGCAUUGCAAAAGUUUUUACCACACUGAUGAAGACAGCCCUAUGAAUCAUUGUACAUAGUAUGAUAUGAAUCAGAAACAACAAUAUAGCAAUUGGGUUAAAAAUAGGAAUAAAAUAACUAACAUAUUAUUAAGAGUUUAUAAAAGCCUGCUUGAAUCCUAAGUGUUUUACAUGUAUUAGAACUUACAUAUUUUUAAUCUCAAUGAUAGAUUAGUAAAUUAGGUAGGUAGACAUGAAGUAACUUAAAAGAUCACACAUUGUAACUUUGAGAACCAGAAGGGAUUCUAGAGCUCACUGACUGCAGAGCUAAUUAUGUGAAUUAUUAGAUUACGUUUAUUUGAGUUAUAACAAUUGCUUGCACAAUAAAGCUACCUUCACUCCUUUGACAGCCAUAGAUUGUUUCUGAGUUCAUACCAUUCUUCCAUAAAUGAUCUCUACUUUUGUUUACCAUUUUAUACUUGCAUAUGUUGGCCAUUAUCAAUUACCCUUUUCUGGUGUCAAAUAAGGAUUUUUAGAAAUUUUUUCUGUUAUUGUCUGCUUUUGGUUUUCAGCAGUAUUGUUUAGGUUUUGGAUAAGGUUAGUGUGUCAUGUAGUAUUUUUCACCAUAUACAGUAUUUCUUUAAAAUUUAAUUUCCAGGAUUCUACAAUCAUUCAAAAUGUAAGGUGAUUUAAUAAGACCUCAUCCCCUUUUACUAAGUAUACAUAAGUCACCAAAUAGAAGUAAUUUACUGCAGGAAGUUCCUGUAUAUGCUAACACCACUGUUCCCCCAACUUCAGAACAAUCUUUAACCUUUCAUGGAUUUUAAAAAUUGUCAUAAAAAUUUGUCUUAUUAUUUCCUAAUAACAGCAUUUUAGUUUUAACCCUGUUAUUCCUACAGUGUGUCUAUGGAAUCUGACAUUAAGCUACUAAGAACAUCAUUCUUUAAAUGUUUCUUUUUUUUUUCCUUCUAUUUAUUUUCAGCAUAACAGUAUUCAUUAUUUUUGCACCACACCCAGUGCUCCAUGCAAUCCAUGCCCUCUAUAAUACCCACCACCUGGUUCCCCCAACCUCCCACCCCCCCGCCACUUCAAACCCCUCAGACUGUUUUUCAGAGUCCAUAGUCUCUCAUGGUUCACCUCAUGUUUCUUUAUUCUUCACUAAUUUGUUGCUUUUUGGGCCUCAAUCAAUAACAUUGCAUCAAACAUAAAAUACCACUUUAAGAAUCACUUAUUCUCUGAUGAAACACUUAUUUCAAGCUCUGAAGAAAUCAGAACCAGAAUUUUACAUCAUUCAGCUACAAAGGAGUGUUACCACUUACCUCACACUCCACCCAGUGUGACUCUAGCAGGGCUCUUGUCAUUACCUACACCGUUUGCUGACUAUAUAAGUCCAGUUUCCAUACAGCACAGGCCCUGAGAUCUCUCAGUGCUGAAAUGAAUAACCAGAGAGAAAACCUUCAGAACCAAAUCUGUUUAAGAACUCAAGAAGACAACUGUCGAAAGAGAAGCUCAUUGCUGGGGUUUUGGGACUCUCCUGCCUUGUUUUGACCUAUAUUGUAGCAAGAAUGAUAAGUUCUCUUUCCUGUAUUAGAACACCACAGCAGGACAAUUCGUACCCAGUUACAAGAAUCCAGAAAUCUGAUCCAUGUGGUCAUUGUCCAAAAGAGUGGAUUACAUAUUCCAAAAAUUGCUAUUACAUUAGCACUGUAAGAAAACCAUGGAAUGAGAGUCGGUUGUCCUGUGCUUCUAAGAACUCUACCCUGCUCUCCAUAGAGGAUGAAGAGGAAAUGUGUUUUUUUGGCUUCCUCAUUCAUUCUUCAUGGAUUAGUAGAAUUUCCCAGAAUAUCAAUAUUAAUCCAUCUCUGUGUCCAAAAGCCUCUGCCUUCUUUCCUAAACUGUCAUUAGUGUUUUCAGCAAGUGACAAGAAUUGUCCAUUUUUUGACUUUGACUCAAACAUGGGAUCUUUUGAAGACUGUUUAUAUCUAAAAAUAUAUGUUUGUAAGCAUUAGGCAUUUCAGUUACCUAAUUUUGGAAUAACGCUAUCUCACCAUCUAUAAAAAAAGAUAUUUCUCAUUUCUUCAAAAGGCAUGCAAUUUUCCCAGAUAUUUUUCAGAUACUCUUUUUAGAACAAUUUUAGUUCACAACAAAAUUGAGAAGAAGGUACAUAGCCAUCCUCCACCAUCCCUGCAUGCAAACAUGUGUGGCCUUGCCCGUUAUCAGCAUGAUUCACUAGAAUGGUUCAUUUCUUAGCCAAGAGGAACCUGCAGUUUGCAUCAUAAUCAUGCAAAGCCCAAAGUGCACCUGAGGUUUCCCCCUUGGUGUCAAAAAACUGUUUUUUCAUCUUAAUUUUAUUAAUGUAAAAAUAUAUAUACUCAGGUACAUAUUAUACAUUUCUUAAGCUUUUGUUAUUUGUUAAAUAAUAAAGUACAAAUUAUUGCAUCGUUA